UGGAGCCCCCGAUUUCUUUAAACCUUCUAUUACUUGAAGCAAUCUUUUGGUCCCAUUAGCAAAAGAGAGCCAAAAAAAGUUAGGAGAAAUUUAUCCACAUCCCUAUAUAUCUCAAACCAUUUUUCGUUUCUCUGAGAGGUUAGUGAAAUUGGGAAUCCAUUGUAUAACUCGAACUGACUUACUCUCUUGAGUAUUUUUUAGGUUUAUUUUAUUUAGUUAGUUACAUACUAGCAAGGUGAGUGUCUUGCUUUGCAGAGUGCUGAAAUAUUUUGUUUUAAGUAUGGUACAAUAUAUCUUAUAUAAAUACUAUUUUUUUUAUUUUAUUAAUUUUUUUAUUUUUCAUUUUUCAUUUUUCAUGACGCACCUGACUCGCAUGGCUUGCACCCUGACUCACAUGACUCACAUGGCUCGCUGGCUUGCAUAUUAGUAAAACUCGUUGAUGCUGUUGUAUUGCAGGGGCCCGUACCAUUAAGCCUUGACAAACUGGAAGGCACAAAGAUUUUAAGUAGCUUGUUUUAUAUUCUAAUAGUCCCUAUGGUCAGGGUCCAGGAAACCCAUUGGAAACUAUUGGAGUGUUCUUGGUAUCUUGAAACAAUCACAUGUUUCAUCUGGUGGAGUCAUCAUAGUUUGCAGCCAUUUUAUACUGUCUGAGUUGCCUUAGGCCUUAUUUAUGUGGUCUUGGUCACCCGAGACAACCCUCCCCCCAGGUUACCCUCCCCCCAGGUUACCUUCUCUUAAUAUUUCUUUGCAAAAUUCAACCAACUGUUUACAAGAGGAUUGUGAACCCGUCUUGGGGGGUGAGACAACUCAGGUGGGUGAGUUGUCUCGCCUUGGCAGGUAGGGUAACCCUGGCAGAUGGGACAACUUUUCUUCAUAUAAACACUUUGGCUUGCCUAACCGAGACAAUUCUUGGCAUGGCAAGUGUCAUAAAAUGUCUAGAUUUAGGAUUUGAAGCAGAAAUUUGUAUCAAAGAAGUGAAAAUUAACUCCACAACUCCCACUUUGAUUGAAUGACCGAGGAAAGCUAAAAAAAGGGAUAUUUGCGCAUUUGAUUAUUCAAUGAGGGUUAUGAAUAAUCAUGGGGGGUCAACUUUGACUCGGACUACAGAGACAACAUUUUCACAUACAAAUGCUUCAUAAAGUUGCCUCAGGGGGAGGGUUGUCUUGGGUACCUGAGUCACUAUAAGACUGAUCAGUAUGUCUUUUCAGGCUUCACUUUAUCAAGUCACAUACUUAUCUCAAAGGUAUCAGACAAAUGGGAAAUGGAAAACCUGAGUUUUUACAUAUACAAACUUUUACAUGUAGCUGCAAGUACCUGACUAUUGUGAAAACAUAUAAUUAUUUUAUUAUAGAGAGAAUGAAGAGUGGAACAAACUCCAUAAGGUCCUAGCACCUAAGAUGUUACGUCCGGGAGAUAUUCUAGAAAAUCUUGAAAAGUUAAGCAGUGUUGCAAGAGACGCUGUUGACCACAUGAUGACGUUAAGGGGUUUGAAUGGAGAAAUGCCUGACCUUGAAGGAGAAAUUCCUAAAUAUGUUGCUGAAUUUCUAGGUGCAGUGACACUUGAUGUUAGGAUUGGUUUGUAUGAUGACCCACCUAACAAGGAAACUCUCAAAAUGCUUGAAGAGACCUGCAAGUUUUUUCCUUUCUUGGAGAGAUUCGGUGGACUCUGGGAGGGCCUUCUUCUUAGGUUUGGGCUCAGUUCAACAACAUACAGAGAAUUCUGCCAAACUGAAGAUAAUGCUAUAGAAAUUGGCCAGAAGAUCGUGAACCAGAAGGUUAAGGAGCUUAGUGUAAAUGGGGAGGAAGAAUUUGUAGAAAAUCAAGGUGAGUCCUUGCUGAGUUAUCUCUUGACCAAGAGAAAGUUAACGCCGCAGGAGAUAAACUUGAAUUCUCUGGACAUGCUUCGAGCAGGAAUAAAUACAACAUCCACCAUUUCUUUGUGGUUACUUUAUGAUCUGGCAUGUCAUCCAGAGGUGCAGGAGAAGAUGUAUGAAGAGGUCAGCAGUCUGAUUGGUCCUCAUGGUGAUUUUACUCCCAUGACUUUUUCAAAGUUGAAAUAUGUCAAGGCUUGCAUUAAAGAAUCUUUGAGACUGCAUUCUAUUUCUGCUGGUUGGUCCCGUGUUGUUACUCAGGAUGUGGUUUUAUCUGGUUAUCAAGUUCCAGCAGGUACUGCUGUUAAAUAUCCAGAUUAUAUGACUGGAUACUCAGAAAGCCUGUUCAAAGACCCUGAUGACUUUAAACCUGAGCGUUGGCUGAAUGAGGACAUGGGCAAGAUCCAGCCUUUUGCUAUUCUCCCAUGGGGAGUGGGACCACGAAUGUGCAUUGGCGAGUAUUUACAUAGUCUCAUCUAAACACGAGGGGAGUUAGGAUAGUUCCAGACAGUUAUGCAAACCCGAGAUGCAGUGUAGAUCUAGCUUGAAUACCGUAAAACCCCACCUUAAAGCCCUGGGCUUAUACAACUUCAUAAGGGGUUUUGGGUGGGCAUA